AUGGGAUGUCGUCGCUGGGAACUUUGGGUAGAUCCUAAGCAGGGAAACAUUAUCCAUGGUGUGGAUGGGCCCUUCUGUUCUUGGCAGUCAUUCCCUUUACAUUUCCAAUUUGAGACCCCGCUAUCCAGCAUUGAAAUUUUGCAGGAGGAUCUCCUCUUGUGCUUCCUUGCUCAUUUCCCUCAGGAUAGGAAAUUGGAUAAAUGGGUCUUGGACAUAUUUCAGUCCCUUUCAGGCUUUAGACAAGAACAUUCACCAACAGACUUCCAGAGCAGUCAGCCAGUAGUCAUUUCAACCCUUACAAACUCGAUAAUAGCAGUUGGAAGUACAGUGUGGAGAACUGGGUGGCCAGCAUAUAAUGUGUGUGGAGUGCAAAUGCAUGAUGGAUCAACAAGAUUCAAUGCUGAAGAUUUGAAAAACAAUUCUGUAAUAGAGUCAUUCCUUGAACCACAAGCCUGGCUUUCGCAAUCAUCUAGCAUCUUCUAUCAACAUGGAAUUUUGCUGGACAAAGACCUCUCCCAAUACAAGCUUAUUGUACCCCAUCUCACAUUGUAUGGAUCCUGGCACUUUGAACACCAAAAAUCCAGCAACCAUGAUAACAAAGGUUUCCCUUACCUUUUUCUUCUUCCCACACCUGUCUUGCCUUCAUCAGCAAUCACAGUGGAAUGUUUUUGGUCUUAUGAUGAAACAGGAAAAACACACAUCCCAGAACAUUCUUAUCAUUCACUUGGUCUACCAACAAAGAUGCAGGUGCAUGUAAACUUAACAUACAUGCACUAUUGGUCCUCCACCAAAGUCUACACCGGCAUACACCAAUGGCAACAUGAUAGAGGAUUCAAUCCAGAGACUACAGACUUUGCUUGUUCCCUUGGAUAUCCUGUUUUCAAGGUUACACAGCCAAAGCUCAGUCAAUUUGAGGAACUUGACAAAGAUGAUACUCAGCCAAAAACUGUUGCACUAGGGUUGUCAAAUGUCUUAACAACAUCUAAUGUCCAGAAGGAUAUAAAACAAGGUAUGGGUGUCACUAUACUGGUAGUUUCAGUCCUCCGAUAUAUAUGA